AUAAACAGGUCUACGAGGGUUGGUAGAUCAUUUGCUCAUGAGAGUUUGUGUUUCGUGUCGUUAAAAUUGUUAGUUAAGUGUUGAAAAUGGCAAGGUCGACAGCGUGGAUCAGGAACAACAUGUUAUUCUCCGAAGACGAAUAUGACGAGCAAUUGACGGAAGCAAGACUGAAAGUUCAACGAUCUUUUCAGAAGUUAUCCAUUUCAGACUGGCACUCGCACAAAUGUUCUAAUCCACCACCAAACUUAGUAAAAGUUACGCCGUUUGAAUCUCGUCCACCAUCCUGGAAAAAUUUUAAAGAAAAAUCUACGCUGUAUUCGAUGAAUUUGUUAGGUGACAAAAAGCUAAAUGAAGAAAUUAAGGCCAAGGUCCCACCUAGAACAAUUAUCAACAAUGAAAAUUAUUAUCCGAAAAGAUUGACGGGAACAAAGUAUAAAGAAUAUUCAAAUUGUGCAUCAAAGGAUAAAACGUUCGAUACAAAUAUUCCAAAAGUAAAGCUUUCCAAAAACAUUUACGGGACCUAUCCCAAAAUGUCGCCUUCUAGAAAAGUUCAAAAUAUAAAUAUUGUUUUACCAGUUAGACCAAAAAUUGAACCGUUAACAAAUCAAAUUAAUGUUAACAAAAAAAAUGACUAUUCUAAUAAUAGCAGAACUCCUCGAGAAAGUAGGCAAAGGAAUAACGAUGCCAUUCAAAUUUCCGACAUCAUGACAACCCCUAUAAGAACGCCAGACAUGAAAUCAAAUUUUAAAAUUCCCGCCACUUCUACUCCAAAAUUCUCUCGAGCUUACUUAUUUUCGUCGAACAUCAGUGAAGAUACUCCAAAAAUGAAAAAGACCCGUUCCCGAAACAUUUUGGAGAAAUCUUACAUCUUCGAAAAUAAAUCUAUGAACGAAUCGGAUGAUUACAAGCUUGAUAAUACUUUUAAAUGUAGAAAGUUGUCUAAGAAUAUGCUAGAAAAAGCAUCUAUUUUCGACAGCAGUUUAAGGAUAGAAAACUUUGAUCGAGAUUACAAAGAAGAUAUACGAUGUUACAAAGAAACACCAGUAAAAACACCAAAAGAGAAUUCGCUAUUACAGAGAAAUAUUCGAUCGAUUGAUUCAAUUUUAUCGAAAGACGAUUAUGAUUUGACUAUGCCAAAAUCUUCAUCCAUGGUUCGUGACAUUGCGAAAAAGUUGGAAAUCGCAAAUAUAUCUUCUCCGACAGAUGAAUCUACACUAAGAACCAAAAUGAAUUCUAUUCUCCAAAGAAAAAAAUCGAAUCGACCGAACUCGGUCAUUCAUUUUAUAAGAAGUAAAUAUGAAAAGGAAAAAACUAUUAAAGAAAUGAUGGGAAAUUUAACAGAGAAAGAAAACAAAUCUUCGUUAUCGCGUCAGAAUUACAAUACUAAAGUUAAUCAGAAUGCCGUAAAACAACUGGUGAAUAUAGACAAAGAGAUUGAGUCUAAGGUUAAAAUUUAUCAUCAAUCGUUAAAAAGAAAUUUCGUAUGUGAAGAAGAUAGUUUCAGCGAGUCUGAAGCGAAAUCUGUUGUUACAUCAACCUCCCCUAAGGACACGGAUAGCAGCAGUGAUACUGAUCAAAAAUCACUUUAUCUAAAUUAUGAGCACGAUUCAUUCGAUAAUGAAAAUUCAACAACGGAGAAAACAUUGGAAACCGAAGAAAAAGUUUUUCAAGAUGAAAGUGAUGAUGAUGUUUAUUGGAUACCUGUAUCUAAUCCGUACAAAUUUCCAAGAACUAGUUCCUUAUUGACAAUCUCUAGUCAAAUUUCUAUUGAUACCCCGUCUCCAUGUAUCAGUCCAAUCAAAAUGGAAGAGGAAGUGGAUAUUGUGCAAAAACAUUGGAGAAACACUACCAGGAAGAUCAACCCUUUUUAUAGGAUUGACGAAACAAUAGUGAUAGAUUCAGGAUAUUCUGAUAAAUCUGAAGCGAUUAUGAAUAAUUCUGAAUCAUCGAUAACGGAUAGUUAUUAUCAAUGAUGUUCAAAAUGAUUCUCGAUCGAAAAACAGGUUAGGUUAGGUUAAAAAAGUCUUCUAGAUGGAACUUAAUCGUUGAUUAGUUUUUAUCUUGAUAUAAGUUUUUAUCUUCAAAUUAUCUUCAAAUUGGAAAAAUGUAGGAUUUUG